CCGAUUGUUCCAAGAAGACUAUUCUUAGUUACUAAAAAUUACUAUUCUAGCAACUUCCUCCUGAACUGCUAUUCCACAUAUUCAGCUAUGUCGAUCGCACAAUCGCGCUCAAUUGUCGAACAGUAUGUAGUCGAUGGCAGCGAAUUAUGGACAAAAAUAUACUGAAAAGCGGGUUGUUUGCACCUUUUGAGGUGUCCCGCCUUGUAAUCAGUGGGCUGCCUCAAAAAGCAGUGGAAUUUCGAUGGGUAACCUAUAAAUCGCAGCAAUCGCGUGCCAUAAUCAUACCAUAUGCGCAAAUAUGUUGUGGAGUGGAUUUUGGGUUCAAUUUUAGAACAUUCGUUAUAAAACGACUUAUAUUGAAGGAUCUCAGUCUGACCGAUAAACUCAUCGAGUUUUUGCGUGUUCAACUUGACCAUAGCGACAUUUCCUCUCUAAAAGAGCUCUCCCUACAUUCAGUAGACUUUUCAAGCUCCAAUUCACUAACCCUACAUCGGCUUCUGGCCAUCGUUGGCAAGUACAUAGAAAUAUUCGAGGUAAAGAUGAGCGGCAUUUACGAAAUUAGCAAAACCGGAGAAUUUCAGCUAGAUCAAUCGAAAGGAAUGCGUCCUGACAGCGUAACCGACGCACACGUAGCGCAAUUAAACGUGGCAACAUUACGUCGUGUUGUUAUUGACGGCGUCCGCUUCGUAAAUCCACGUCGUGGCGCAGUUCUACAAGUUGGCAACGACUCACUUUUGCGAUUUAUAGCGCACAAGAACUUUCCCACGUUGCUACUGGAUCGCUGUAAUGUUACGACGAAUAUGGUCUGUGACUACACUGAGGUGAGAUGGGAGUAUUUAGCAAAGUUUUGAUA